ACAAAAUUGGAUAAAAACAAAAGCGUUCAGAAAAGUAAAAGAAAACAACAAAAUAAAAAUAAAGUAUUAAAUUAGCCACCAAAAAAAAAUUAGUAUUGGAAAAAAAUAUUUCUGUAACAACCAGCCAUCAAAUUGUGAAAUUAUUCGAAAAAAUCAAAACAAAGGAGAAAUUCAAAUAAAUUAACUGUUACAAAAAAAAGACUCUUUGAAAUUAUAACAUGACAGAAAAACCCAAGUGUUAAAAAAAAUAAUUAAUUAUAAAACUAAGUUGAAACUAUUUCAAAAAUAACAACAAAGUAUUAGACAAGGACCAAACAAAUAAACAAUUGAAAAAGUAUUAUUAAUUUAUAAUAAACAAAAUGGAUAUAUAUGUGCCGGAGAUUGCAUUAAAACAGCCCAAGGCUGAUCCUCGUACAGUGCUUUUGCGAAAAAGAAAUUAUCUCGAUUCGCCCAAGGAUUGUCCGGCAACACAGCAACAACAACAAAGAUCUCAUUUUAAAAUGUCAAAUAAAACACGGCCAAUUGCUACACAGACUGGAUGUCCGGAAUGUGAUAGGCUGCUGAAUGAUCAGUCAUUACCACAACAUUACCACAAUCACCACUCCAGUUCAUCGCCAGCAUCAGCAUCGUUCAGCUCAACCUCGUCCCGGCCAGUAUUAAGAAUAGAAUCUCAAACGGCGAAUACAUUUGAAAAUCUCAAUACCACUACAUCACAUUCCAAAAUUUUUGUUAAUUUAUAUGAAUCCCGCCAUUUUAAGCAUUUCAUGUCAUUGCAUAGCCCCAGUGCAUGUUUAGAAAAUCUGUACAAAUUCCAAAAAACAAAAUUACUACUUAUCCUAUUAUUUAUUUAUUGUGCCAUAUCAUCGCUAUACCUACCAACCACACAAGCCAUACCCGUUCGUCGUACAACCACAUCUGGUCAGCGGCUAAUUUUACACUCGAACGUCUAUCGUGAGCGUUAUCAUCAAAAUUUGCUACACGAACAGCGGCAACAUCAACAGCAUCAGCAACAAGUAUUACAGAAAUUCCAUCAGUAUCAUCACCAGCAACAACAGCAGCAACCGCAUCACAAAACCCAACAUCGUUAUUCGUCACAACAUUUCCAACAAGUCCAAAGACCCUCAUCGUAUUUAGCGCCCAUACUGAGAAAAGUCCAUCGUCAUCAGUUGCAACAUCAUCACUUGCAUCAACGUGCUGCCCCCAUUGCCAGCCGAUCGGCCCAAUACAAAAUGAGUAAUUGUAGAAAUGAUGACACCUUCAACAUUUUGUAUUUGCAAAUGGAUGCAACGUUGCAGUUCAUAAAGGCCGUGUGUUCCAAAUAUUUGCAAACGCGUGAAAACAAAACAUUGGAUGAAAUGAACGAUACAUGGAGAUUACUCAAUUUGGAAAUUCGAAACCCCAGACGCCAGCAAGUGACGCUUGACAAUGAGCUCCAUCAGAAAAUGCAUGACUUCUAUUUGAAUCUACACAAUUUCCAACAACUGGCCGAGUUGGUUGAUCGGGACACCAACGAUAGCAAGGUCAGCAUUGAACAUGGCGAAGGGAUUCGCGUGGGUGUUAUAUUGGAGGCUUUCCAACAUCUGAAAACCGAAAUCACACGUAAUAUGCAGGAGACGGAAGGUGUUUUGAAAGCUUUGGCCAUUGACAAGCCCAACUUGGAGGAUAAUGUUGUCGAAUUCAAUACCACGCAUGCGCGGAGAUUACGUGACUUUCUCAUUAUCAAGGAAUUCAUUGAGGAUGUGGAAAGAGUUAAAGAUUUCCUGGAACAAUUCUGUAACAAAGAUAGCAACGGUUUUAGCAGUGGCGAUGAUGAGUAAAAACGGUGGCCAAAGUAGAAAUGUUGAACAUUUAUAUAUUUGUCCAAGAGAAAAAAAACACACAAACACACAUAUUUGUGUGGUGAAAAUGCCAUGCCUGUAGAAGGAUAAAUACAUACAUACAUAAACAUAAAUUAAAUAGUUACAAAAACAAAACUACACACUCACACACCCCCAUUAGUCUUAAGUAUGUUUGAUGUUCAAUUAAAAUUAUCUGAUGACCGUAGCCAGAAAAACACACUCACACACACAUACUUAAAUUUAUUGUACUUAAUUUUUUGUUUGUUACAUUGUUUUUGGUUUUCACGAAAAAGGACUUAAAAUGUUUUUGCCAAUGAUUUUAAAUUUUUUAUUUGUUAAAAAACAAAUGUAAUGUUCUUAAAUGUAUGACAAAAUUUUGAAUUUCCAAUAGGAAUUCAUCCAAUUGGAAUUUGUACAUGCUACUUGCAGGACAUAGUUAUGAGCCACAUAGUAAAUUUAUGAAAUAUAGAUGUCGUUAAGUCGAAAUUUAAAAUCAUUAAAAUAUACUCCAGAAUUUUGGAAGAUUUUAAUUGAAAAAAAAUUGACAAGAACUGAUUUUAAGUUCCUUUACUGGCGAGGGGCUCUCAAAUUCAUUUGAAACAAAACAAUUCUCUCACACUUUUUUCGGUUUUUAUUUAUUCGUAUUGUUAUGCCCACAUCUGAUAUCCUUAACUUGUAAGGAUUUUUUCUUAUUAGUACUAUACCUAAGUAUAUGAGACUUGAUUUUAUGCAAUUGUAUCCAAAUAUCAUAGAAGAAAAAAUCAUGCCCACCACAUUGAUAAUGCAUUGGAAAAAACUCAUAUCCACCACAUUGAUAACAAAAUUUUGAAAGAUAGUUGAAAAAGCAGCAGCAAAUCUUCAAGGAGAUCAGAAAAAUGAUGUUCCGAAAAAUAUACAAGUUUUUUAAAUGCUUAACAAAAUAUGCUGUUUAAACAUUUCAAUAUCACUUUUUAGCCCUGCUACAUACCUGCGUGAUCAUCAUCACGUUCAUUUUUCAAAUUUUCGCUUGUUUUUUUUUUU